GCAGCAAAGCUCUUGCUUUCAUGGACAACAGGCAACAGGCGGACGCUGCUUUAUACAGUUAGUUAUGCCAGGAUGCGUAUAUAAUGAAAAGCUAUGCAACUUUAUACCACAGAUUAUUGUUGUUAUGGCAGUUAAGGGGCUUUUACCUGUGUUGCCGUGGUGUCCUUAUGACGAGCAAGUAGACUCGCAACAUCAGGUGUUCCAUGCGCAGCAGCGCUACCUGUAACUCAUUUUGAUAUACAAUAUUUGCACUCUGCAUAGCAUAGAUGUAUGCGCGGGUAACAAAAAACUGCUGAGACGUUCGGGGUCCCAAACCUAUUUAUGCGAUCCUAGCAGUUCGCGUAUACCUGAUCUGCAGUAAAGCGCUUGCAGUAUGUCAGGGGUAGGACAGCCACCGCCUGGAUACAGUUCUGGCUCAAUGUAUCCUCCGGCAGCAUAUGGAGCACGGCCUCCGUUCCCAGGUCCACCGCCUCCACCAGGGGGUGUUAGCGGCCCCCCUUCUGCUGGGGUAAUGCCCCCAGCAGGAGCUCCGCCAAUGCCGCGCCCUCCGAUGCCAGGUGCAAUGCCACAGGGAAUGCCCCCACCUGGCGUUCCUCCUCAGGGCUUCCCAACAGGCUUGCCGCAGCCCCCGCCUGGUGUGCCCCCGCCGGGCAUGCCCCCCCCUGGGAUGCCGCUGCCCGGCAUGCCGCCACCGGGCAUGGUGCCAUCGGGAGGGGCCCCACCCAGCAUGCAGCCCCCCGGCAUGCGGCCUCCAGGCGUCUCGCCUGCUGGCGUGGCCCCACCGGGGGUUCCCCCGCCUGGCAUCCAGCCACCGGGUGUGCCUCCCCCGGCUUUCCCCCGGCAACCUGGCCAACCCGGUUCGAUGGGCUCCGCUGGUCCUAGCUCCAUUUCCGGCGGCAUGAUGCCGCCGCCCCCAGUCCCGCCCCCUGCACCCGGCGGCAUCCCAGGCACGCAGCUGCCGCCCGGACCCCAGCAGCAGCGCGGCUCAGCCGGCGGCUUCGCCCCCCCUGGCGCCAUGCCGCCCCCGGGUAUGCCCCCACCGCCGGGUAUGCCGCCGGGGCCCCCGCCCCCAGGCAUGAUGCCGCCCGGCAUGCCACCUCCUCCGCAGUCAGGGCAACCCGGCAUGCACGGCUUCCCGCCCCCGCCCGGCGCCUUCCACCCGUCCGGCAUGCCCCCGCCCCCGGGGCCCCCCGGGGCUCAUGGCAUGCCGCCAGCAGCCGGGCACGGCUUCCCGCCGCCGCCUAUGGGCGGGUACGACCCCUAUGCGGCACAGCGCAUGGUGGAGCAGUUCGAGUCGCUCACGCUGGGGGCAGCCGGCCCCGGGCAGCCGGACGGGGUGGACCCCAACGCCCUGCCGCGACCCGUGGGCGAGCAGCUGGAGCGGGCGCGCACGCCGCACGCGCGCGCCGACCCGGCCAACUGCAGCCCCGACAACAUGCGCAUGACGGUCAACGCCAUCCCCGCAACCACGGCGCUGAGAUCCAGGAUGCCGCUGCCGCUGGGUGUGGUGGUGCACCCCAUGGCGGACGAGGCGCACGGCCGCUGCGUGCCGGUGGUGCAGCUCAGCUCGGCGGGCAUCGUGCGCUGCCGCCGCUGCCGCACCUACAUGAGCCCCUUCAUACAGUGGACGGACGCGGGACGCAGGUUCAAGUGCAACGUGUGCAGCAUGCUGAACGAAAUCCCGGUGGAGUACUUUUGCAGCCUGGACCAGAACGGCCGCCGCCGCGAUGCGGAGGAGCGGCCGGAGCUGUCGCAGGGCACCGUGGAGUAUGUGGCGCCCGCAGACUACAUGGUCCGCGCGCCCAUGCCCCCCGUGUACUUCUUCCUGAUCGAUGUGUCGUACAGCGCAGUUGCCAGCGGCAUGCUGGCCACCGUGGCCGCCACCAUCAAGUCCUGCCUGGACUCGCUGCCGGGGGACGAGCGCACGCUGGUGGGCUUCAUCACCUUCGACAGCUCCCUCCACUUCUACAACCUCAAGUCCAGCCUGACGCAGCCGCAGAUGCUGGUGGUGACGGAGCUGGACGACCCCUUCGUGCCGCUGCCGGACGACCUGUUGGUCAACCUGCGCGACAGCCGCCAGGUGGUGGAGGCGCUGCUGGACGCGCUGCCGGGCAACUUCGCGGGCAACACGGUGGUUGAGAGCGCCAUGGGGCCCGCGCUGCAGGCCGCCUUCAUGGUCACCAGCCACAUCGGCGGCAAGCUGCUGCUGUUCCAGUCCUCCGUGCCCUCGCUGGGUGUGGGCAAGGUCAAGAACCGGGAGAACCUGUCGGCGUACGGCACGGAGCGCGAGCCGGCGCUGCGCAACCCCGACGACCCCUUCUUCAAGCGCUACGCCGCGGAGUGCAGCCGCGUGCAGAUCACGGUGGAUGUGUUCGCGCUGUGCCAGCAGUACUGCGACCUGGCCAGCCUGGCAGCCAUUCCGCGGUACACGUGCGGAGAGCUCUACUACUACCCCGGCUUCCUGGCCCAGCGCGACGGGCCCCGGCUCAGCGCCGAGCUGCGCCGCAACCUGACUCGCCCCACCGCCUGGGAGGCGGUCAUGCGCGUGCGGUGCUCCAAGGGGCUGCGCAUCUCCGCCUUCCACGGCCACUUCUUCAACCGAUCCACCGACCUGCUGGCGCUGCCCACAUGCGACCCGGACAAGGCAUUCGCGAUGGAGAUCACGCACGAGGAGGGCAUGGUGCAGCCGGGCAUGGCGUACGUGCAGUGCGCGCUGCUGUACACCAACUCCAUUGGCGAGCGGCGAAUCAGGGUGCACACCAUGGCUGUGCCGGUGGUGUCCGAGCUGUCGGACUUGUUCAACGCCACUGACGCGGGCGCCACCACCUGCAUGCUGGCCAAGCUGUCGGUUGAGAAGUACCUGAGCUCGCGGCUGGACGAGACGCGGCAGGCGCUGCACUCGCGGCUGUUCGGCGCGCUCAAGGAGUUCCGCAUCAUGAACAGCAGCGCGGCGCUGCGGGCGCCCAACAAGCUGAUCUUCCCGGAGACCUACAAGUACCUGCCGGUGUGGACGCUGGGGCUCAUGAAGUGCGCGGCGUUCAGGGGCGGCGCCAAGGACGUGAACGCGGACGAGCGCAUCGCGGUGGGGCACUACCUGAUGGGCAGCGGGGUGGACGCGGUGCUGCGGCUGGCCUACCCGGCAGCCUACAUGCUGCACGACCCCGCGGGGCCCUGGGGCGUGCAGCAGGAGGACGGCGCCGUGCCGCUGCCGCCCGCGGUGCCGCUCACGCUGGCGGCGCUGAGCGAGGCGGGCGCGUACCUGCUGGACACGGGCCGCGUGUUCGUGCUGUGGGUGGGCCGCGCCAUCUCGCCGCAGUGGUGCAUGGAGGUGUUCGGCACGGACCCCAUCUCGCUACCGCAGGACACGAGCGGGGUGGUGGUGGAGCCAGGGCGCGAUGCCCCCAUGUCGCGGCGGCUGAACACGUUGUUGCGCGCGCUGCGCACCGGGCGGUCGUUGCACCAGCAGGUGUUUGUCGUACGGCAAGGCUCGGGCCUGGACGCCCACGUCCUGCCGUACUUUGUUGAGGACCGCAGCCCCGCAACGCAGUCGUACACCGACUACGUUGUCGCGCUGCACAAGGCUGUGAUGGCGAAGUGAAGGCCGUAGUAGCGUUGGUUGGGUUCAUGGGCAUGGGGGUACAGGGGCAGGGCUAGUCUAGUCUUUGUGAGGCUGUGAAGCACGAAACGCAAGUUUUGCUGCUUGAUGCAUGACGGGUCUUCAUGUCCACUGGCCAUUCGGAUACUUCAUGUUUACCUGUUGGGAUGACUCGAGGGGCUCAUGCGGUGGUUAAUGCCAGUGGCUUUGUAAGCAGACAAAGAUGAUGGGGGUGGAGGUUGUACAUCAGGCCGUUGGAUGAAACUGUGAAGAUGAAGUGUGGUGUAGCAGAGAUGAACUUGGGAUGUUGGCUGAAAUUGUAGCCGAUCGUG